UAACGUGGAAACGCAUAGCCCUGAUAUUGGACUUUAGUCUGCUUUGUGAACUGAAAACGUCUGUGCUCGUUUGAAAGCACCCAGGACUUUUAUUUUUAUUUUUUAAUUUUUUUUUCAGCAACUGCACGUCGUUUCUUUUGUUGUUAUAUUCCGGAUUUUUAAAUUAAGGCACGUCAACUGGGUAAAUGCCUUGUGAGUUUACUGAUAUAAUUUAUAAUCCAGUAUGGAUUGUAUUUACACUAAUAUUGGCCGUUGUUGUGCGGUCGCAACGGAAGGGUUCCUGGAAUCCGUGUGAUUGUCCCGUUCAGCUCAAAGGUAAAACGGCCAUCGUCACCGGAGCAAAUACAGGGAUUGGGAAGUUCAUUGCUCUGGAUUUUGCCAAGCGUGGGGCACGGGUUAUUCUGGCAUGCAGAAGCGAGACUCGCGGCACUGCCGCGGCGAAGGACAUUCAACAGCGCAGUGGCAACCAGAAUGUGCACCUGCAGCUGGUCGACACCUCCUCCCUCGAUUCUGUCCGCAGGUUUGCCGCUCGAAUCCUGGAGGAAGAGAAGGAACUGCACAUACUGGUGAAUAAUGCUGGUGUUUCAGGUAUCCCCAGGGGAAUCACUGAAGACAGACUGGAAGCGUCCUUUGCCACUAACCACAUUGGGCCUUUUCUCCUUACCAGUCUGCUACUAGAUCUCCUGAAGAAAUCAGCCCCUGCACGCAUUGUGAACGUUUCCUCAGUUAACCACUUUAGAGGAAAGGUGGACUUCUCUCAUUUCCGUGGUGAAAACCUGACUUAUCUAUUGGACACUGUGUACAACCACACCAAGCUCCACAAUGUCAUCUGGACCAAUGAGCUGGCACGCCGACUGAAGGGCACAGAUGUGACAGCAAACUCUGUGCAUCCAGGUGCAGUUGUGACUGAAAUUAUGAGACAUUACCACUGGCUGCUUCGAUUAAUCUUCAAUUUGGUGGGACUUUUUUUCCUCAAGUCUUCAGAAGAAGGUGCAGUCAGUGUGAUAUACUGCGCGGUGGCUGAAGAGACACUGGACAUCAGCGGGAAGUAUUUCGACAGUGACUGCUCACUCAAACUGCCUGCCCUCGCAGCCCGGGACCCAGCCAUUUUGGCCAAAGAAUACGAAUACUGCGAGAGAAUAACGGCUGGCCCCCGAACUGCUGGAGAUGCUUCAGACCCAGACACUCCACCCCCGUAACUGUAUGGCACUAACCAGUGCACUGACAUGCAGAGGGAUUUAGGAUAGUGUACAUCCUUAUAUAUGUGCUUAGUAUUCAUAUACAUAAAAUGUAGAAAUAUGCUAAUCAACUUUAGUGUGCUGUAUUUUGGUAGGCCUUUACUUCACAGAUUUGGAAUGGACCAAUGAGCAAGUCUCAACUGUGCGGAUAAAAUGAACCUGUACAAGCGAGCAUGCCUUUCUAUUGGUCCUGUGUUUCUAAAGUGGAAUUGUGCAGAUUUCAUUAGCGCUAACACAAGUUUCAAAAUUUGCCUGCUCUUAACAGAAAAAGAAAUGCAGAACAGUGUCUAUUGCUGAUAAAGAUCAUCUAAUAUUGAACCUGUUUAAUAAAUCCUUUAAUUGUGUACAAGUUUUAAAUAAGCUAUUACUUCUGUGACCAGAAAGCCCUAUUUAAGUACUGUUGAAGAAAAGUUUGACAUUUAUUUCAUACUGUGUAUUAUUCUUGCAUUUUUCUCAGUGGGUGACACCAGCAUAUAAUCAGAAGGCUGUGUACUUGGUAGCAGAUAACAAGUAGACAAAACAAGGUUGUUUUCUUCCUCAUAACAUCUCCUUCCAUCUCUGAAAUGAAAA